AUGUCUGAGGUAAACGAACAGUCGCCUAAUAUUCAGAUCGUCACGGAGAACGUGGUGAUCAAUGGCCACCGAAUUGCCUACGGCGUCCACGGUUUAGGGCAGCCCAUCGUCCUCUUACACGGAACACCCUCAUCAUCUGCAAUCUGGCGUAAUAUCUUUCUCCCACUUGCAGAGGCUGGGUACAAGGUCCAUUUCUUCGACUUACUAGGCUACGGGCUAUCGGAGCGCCCAUGGGAUCCAUCCGUUGACACCUCCAUGUCGGGCCAGGUUCCCGUCCUCGAAGACCUACUCUCUCACUGGGGUAUCGAGUCCUUCCAUCUCGUCGCACAUGACAUUGGAGGUGGAAUUGCACAGCGUUUCGGAGUAUUCUAUCCUCACCGACUGCUAUCGUUGACUUUGAUCGACGUUGUGAGUUUUGAUAGUUACCCGUCGAAAAGAACGAGGGAGCAGAUGGAGAAAGGAUUGGAGCGGCUCAUCCACGUGAACGAUGACGACCAUCGUGCACACUUUAGAGAUUGGCUGCUAUCUGCCGUGCAUGACAAGCAGAGAUUCGCGGAUUCAAGCUUAGAUACCUUCCUUGGUUACAUAUCUGGUCCCAUUGGCCAGGGAAGUCUCUUUCAGCAUCAGGUGCGACAUUACGAUCCUAGACAUACCAUGGAGAUUGCCGAUCGGCUUCAUGUGUUGGGUAAUCUGCCUGUACAGCUGAUAUGGGGUGCCAACGAUGAGUGGCAGGUGGUUGAUUGGGCACAUAAGCUCAAUAAAGCAAUCCCAGGAUCGAAGCUGACAAUUCUUGAAAAUUGUGGGCAUUUUUCACCAGAGGAUCGACCUGAAGAUAUUGUUCAGCUUGUGGUAUCAUUUAUUCGGCGCUGUACUAGCUGA